AUGUUGUACUACAGGGCGUGGGUUGACGAUGUGAAACAUUCCCUUGUGACACCACCAACACCUACCACUCGUCGCCGUCGAUCGUCUUGCGACAUGUCAAGCCCAUCUAAACGUCAGCGAACCGGCGACGACCCGUCCGAUUUAUACCCCGAUCCCGAUCGAACACCUCGAAGACCUCGCCAACUGAUAUCGCGACAUGAUAAUGACGGAGACGUGUUUCACGUCCUAGCCCCCGAGGCUAUCGUCUCGCCAGGGUCAUCCUCCUCUUUUACUGUCAUCCUCGCAACAAGAGCUGCAUUUUCUUCUCUAGCCAUACCUCCCCUCGCCCAAACGGAAACGUCACACUCGACGACCCAAUCUCGCGGCUCAUCUCCCUCGAAACGAUUCCGGAAGAUGGCCAGUCUGCUCGACUUGGUUCGUCCGGUCCGUUUCGUGAAAGAGGCAAACUUCGGAAGCGCUCUUCCGGAUGACGCUCGAGCACUGCUUGAGGCCCUUUCCGCGGUCGAGGCGAAAGAAGAGAUCCUGCCAGCUGCUCUUAGAGGACAUUUGGAUUUCCAGGAUACGCGAAUUCGGUCGUUUAUGUGGAACUCUAAUGCGAACCCGAGCGUGGACGACAGGGCAGCGCACGAGACUCAUGAUCGCCUUCGAGCCAUCGUUGAUGAUUCGAUCUCUUGUUCGAAUCUCCAUAGAUCUGAAGCUGCCUGGAACUGUCUGGUUCAUACCCCUCUUCUUCGUCAAGCAACUGGCACAUUUCCCUUCCUCGAGGUUGAGCCGAUCACUUCAGCCCAUAUCAAGCCCGCCUUUCGUCCCUUGCCAGCUACCGGCGACGAGAUUCCGCCACAGCGCUCCAACGCCAGCAUAUCCGACAUGAGUAGUGUCUCUGAGCACAGUAUGGGCACAACACGGACAAGUCCAUCGUCAGUUCAUAAGAUGGUUGAUUUUGCACUGGUCCUUCGUCCGGAGAAUGAGCUCCAAAACCUGAUUCAGACCUUCUUAUCGAAGCAGCCAAGCAAAACGUCAACCAUCAACCAAACCUCAUACGAGCCUCUCCGCACACGCCCAGCUCCCAUCUUCAUCGAGACGAAAACCGCAUCCGGAAAUAUGGACACAGCCAACGCCCAGUUGGGCAUCUGGGUGGCUGCAUGGCACCAGCGACUACGGAGCAUCAUUGACCUCGGAGGCGGAACAGAGAGGAUCGUUACUGUGCCUGUGAUUCAGGUGGUAGGUAGUGUCUGGACUCUCCUGUUUGUGACAGAUGCCGGCUCAGAGAUUCACCUCCUGGACGGCGACUUUCGAAUUGGCGAUACUAGCACGAUUGUUGGCAUCUACCAGCUGCAGGCCGCCAUGUCAGCACUCGCAGUUUGGGUCAAGGAGACAUUUGAACCCUGGAUCUCUUCCCUGUUGGCUCGUGUCAAUGGGCCGUAA